AUGGCCGUCGAUUAUCACCGUCAACUACUUAAACGUCGUAUCGAGCACCGCCUUGACAACAUCCGCCAGAAAAGAAGAUCCUUGAUGGUCGAAGACGAACAGCUGAAGAACCAACGCCAGUUCCUGAGAAGAGUCCGGGAAGACAUGAACCACAAGCUCUCAGACAGUACCCUCAUUUACCACGACGCAAUCCCAGAGCUUGACGAAUUCCUCGAGAACAGUCCUGAAAAGAUCCGAGUCACCAAACCCAAGAAAUCAACGUCUAUGUCGACUCUGGUGAAAUUAAAGCGUAAACCAAGCAUUAAAGUAAGCAUCAAGCGACGCCUCUCCUUCAACAUGUUCCGAAAACCCUCUUCCAAAUCCCAAGAAGUUGCUGGAUUCGAAACAGUGUAUAAGAAUGGAUUGAAAUCGACCAUGUGCUAA